UCCACAUACCUAGGCAGGCCUGGAAAUAAAGUUAAUCGGAGGCAGAAAUUUUACUCGAAUCAUGAAUUUUUCAAAUUUUCUUCAACUUGGAACGUUGGUGUUGGCGUCAUUGGUGUUGAUAGCUGAAGCUGGGCCCGCAAAAGGGAAGUCCCAAUGUUACUUGAAGCGCCUCGAUCUCAUGUUCGUCCUUGACACUAGUUACAGCCUCACCCCAGAGGACUUUAAACAACUGAAGACAUUCGCUAACGCAAUCAUAAAAGGCUUAAGGGAGCAGGGGACGAAACUGGACGUCGGCGUGGUUAAAUAUGGUGCUACGGCUGUCGUGGAGGUCGACUUGGACAAUAACCUCUCCCGACCGGAACUUCAGAAGGCCAUCAAUGACAUCACACAUGACGCCGAAUUUGGCACUAAUACGCACCUCGGUUUGAACCUCGCCCGCCUGGAGUUAAGCGAAAAGACAACAUGCACGUGCGGCUCACCGAAGGGGAUUGUCUUGCUCACGGAUGGGUUCCCUAGCUACGCGAGCUCCGCGUUUCUCGAGGCCAGGGUCGCGCGGGAGCUUGGAUACCACAUCUUCGUCGUGGCCAUGGGAGAGGAUAGCAAUUUCCAGGGGGCGACGGUGGAGAAUCUCGCAGCUAUGUUCACCGAUGGAGACAAACGCCGCGUAGAUCGGGUGAUGAAGGCGAGUGAGUUGGGAUCGUUCGUGGACGUGGUCGUAAAGAAAAUGUGUGGAGAUUACGACCAAAAGAGGAGCACACCACCUGUCCCAAUGACACAGAAAUACUACGAGAAAGAGUGGCCAUUAUUCAGUUAGAAGGACCCGGAUUCACAAAGAGCCGUCAGACAUUUUGGCGAUUCUGCUUCUCAUUUUGGGGAAUGAUUGGUCGACGUCAUCAGCCAAUCAAAAUGUCUAACGUCUGCAAAAUUUAUCGUGUGAUACCGUUCUGACCAAUAAAGUGACGUCAAGACACAUUCAAAAUAUGGCAGGAUCAGCAUCAAACGGCUUUAUUGAUUCUGCGAAAACUGAUUCUGUUUGUAAUACAGUAUUCGUCCCGUUUGGCAUUGAGUGACUUUGUUAUUCUUAGGGAGGAAAUACCCACCAUUUGACACAACUGGAGUGACAUUCUUGUGUAAACCUUCUUGACUUUUAAAGGGCCAUCUUUGGCAUGGGACUAUAGAUGGCUAAAAGGUAGAAUGUGCAAACUCGCCACUGUAUGCCGCAACAUGUAACAGCUUACUACACUGGUAUCUUAAUAUAUGACUUUCGUUGGUGUGGCGAGGCAGGUCUACCGUCACAAUCCGUUCAAUAGAAGUGUUUAUUGCAGUCUAAUGAUUUUUCAAUGAUUGCUGUUAUAUGUAGGAGAUGUCACGGUUCGACCGGAAGCCAUUUUUGCAAAAAACAACAUAUCUCACCUACUUGUAUCUGUACAUAUAGAAAAGUUAGUUCUUUGUGUGCUGUUUUUUUAAUAUUUGUGUUUUCUAAAGAUUGAAAUAAAUGUGCUAUCAUAACCUGACCUGGAAUGUUAUCUAAUUGUAGUAUUUAAGGCCUUAUAGGCCUUAUAAGAAUCGUGC